AUGUCGAAGAAGAGAAGAGAGUCAAAGAAAAGAGAGUCAAAGAGAAGUGAGUCGAAGAGAAGAGAGUCAAAAAGAGAAGAAAACGAAAAGAACGUAGAAAGUAUUGACCAGCAAUUAACGACGACCGCUCCACGGCCAGCCAAGGAGAACAGAACGAAUGGGGAUGUGGUUGGAAAAGAGAUUGACGAGAUGGGAGGGGAAGAAGAGAAGGAAAGCAAAAGAGGAAAAGCAAAAGAGGAAAGGAGACAAGAGGAAAGGAAAAGGACUGCAGAGUAG